AUGAGGAGCCUCCUGCUCGCCCUGCUCAUCUGCGGCGCGGCCCAGCAGGCCCUGGCCCAGCGCCCCUUGGAGGCGAUCGGCGCCGUCCUGCAUGCUCCUUCCAGGACAAACGGCAACUCUGAUUCAAUCGACCUGGGCGGCAUCGCCGGCGACAUACAAGACAUCGUCUCCAGCUUUGGCAAGGUCCCCAAGCUGGGCCAGGCCCUCGCCGCCAUCACCACAGCGGGGGAGCAGGCCGGCGCGUCGGCGAUCGCGGCCGGCCUCGACGACGUCGCCAAAGGCCUGAUAUCGCGGGCCCAGGAGGCGCGCGCCUUUCAUAUGGGCCUGCUGGGGGAGGCAGGCAAGGCGCUCUCCAGCGGCGCCGCGGCGUUCGCCACCGCGUCCGCCCCCUUGCGUCAGCUGAGCCCGAGCGUGCUGGCGCUUGACGCAACGAUGACCCAGCUGGGCCAAAUGACCGCCUUCUUGGAGGGCCUGUCCACGUACGCGCCCCCCGCGAGGAAGGCCGCGCUAGACGGCCAGGCAGCCAGGCUGGAGCGCAUUGCCGGCAACCUCUCCUCCAUGAAGGAGGCGCUGCUCGGCGGCCCCGCGGGCGUCAUCGACGCGAUCGGCGACGCCAUGGGCGCCCUGCAGCUCCCGGGGAUCUUCACCGCGAACGACCUGGGCACCCUGCUGGACACGAGCAUCAACCUCAUCGGCAGCACCCUGAACAGCAUCGCCUAG